AUGGGUUGUGAACACCUAGUGAUUAGAAUUCUGACGAAACCGCGUCGAUUGAGGCUUUCGCGUGUGCCCAGAAUGUUGGCGCCUAAUGUAGCUUUGUUGCGAAGUUAUGGAAUUACCAUUGAAUCAAUCCGGAAAUACCUACUGACGGAUGUAUCCCCGUUUCUUCGGAAUAUCGAUUUUUUUGAGGAUGCAGUGAAUAAGGUUGAAGAGAAAUUAGGGAUUUCUCGACACUCUCCACAGUUCUUUUCCGGUGUCUAUUUAUUGACCCAUAUUACUGAGAAGACUAUUGAGUCGAAACGAAAAGUGUUUAGAAGUUUUGGGUGGACUGAGUCUGAUAUUGCAACUCUUUCAUCAUCAAGUCCUAUUCUUUUGGCACUCUCUGGAGCUACCAUAAAGAAAAAGUUGGAUUUUCUUAUGAACGAGCUUGGUUACGAGCCUAGUUACUUGUCAAAGAGGUGUAACCUGUUAACUUGUAGCCUGGAAAAGAGGAUUUUGCCUAGACAUAAGACUCUCAUUGUAUUGAAGGAGAAAGGUUUUAUUAAGAUGGAUUACCUUCUUGAAUCUUCCCUUUCAAUGGCCGAGUCUCGGUUCUUGAAGAAGUUUGUACUACCAUUUAAGGAAGUCCAUGGAGUUUAUUCCCAACACGCAGGAUUCUACCUGGAAAAACUACAGGACCAGGAGCAAUUAGUCUCUUCAUCUCUCUACGCAGCUACUGAGUAG